UUAAACAUAGUUAUUUUAUUGUUUAAAUACAUAAUGUGAAAUAUAGUGUGUUUUUCAGUAUUUUUCAGAUACGGGAGGAAAGGAAAAGUUUUUGGGAAAAAGCGUCCCAGUAUCAGAGAAUGAAAGUGUGGCCCACUUCCUGUCACAUGUUCCUCCGAGGGGGCGGCGUGUGCGUGUGUGUGUGUGUGUGUGAUUAAGGUCAUUUUAUCAGUGUGACCCAGCUGUGUUUGAUGCUGUCGUCUUAAAGUCCUUCAGACUGAUACUGACACGCUGUGUGUGUGUGUGUGUGCUGGUAUGAGGUGUGCAGUGGUCCUCCUAUCAUUGCUGGGCAGUGAGCUGGUCGUGGCUCAGGCUGCUUGUCCUCAGGUGUGUUCCUGUAACGCCGGUGUGAUGGACUGCAGUAAACGCGGUCUCACCACGGCCACGCUGCCCUCCUCCUUCCCUCCACACACCACUGAACUCCUCCUGAACGACAACCACCUGACGGCUCUGCCCAACGGCCUGCUGGACUCGCUGCCCGCCCUGCGCCUGGCCGUCCUGCACGGAAACCCCUGGUCAUGUGACUGCGGCAUCCUUUAUCUCAGAGGAUGGCUGCUGAAACAGAGGAAUGACGCUUCGAUGCGGAACGUUACCUGCAGUUCUCCUGCUCACCUGCGGGGGCGCCUGGUCGUGUAUCUGGUUGAACAGGAGCUUCUGGAAUCGUGUCGUUACUGGCCGUGUAAUUUGGCUCUGGCCUCACAGAUCAGCCUCUUCAUCUUCAUCACCGUUCAGGUGCUCCUGUUGGCCUCUGUCAUCGUCUUCCUCAGGCGUUUUGAGCGGCUCACGCGCACGGCUGCUGAGACCUUCACGCCGGAAGACGACGCGACCCUGAGUAACGAAUACGUCUCGCUAAAAGACAGGAGCAUGUAGGAUGAGAAUUGAGAAAAUUUACAUCAUAAUGUGUCUAUGGAUGAAACGGUCACAAGCUGGACCAAGAGAAAACAACUGUGUUCAUUUUAUUCUAAUAAUUUUGCACACUUCAUUUUUAAUGAUCACAUAAGUGUGACUAUUUUAAAGAUAGACCUUUCAUCUUAUUGCCCUUUUGUUGUAUAUUUUUUUUAAUCAGAUAACAAAUGCUUAAAGCAGAUAGACAAUUAAAUGUAAUAUUUACUGUACCCUAAAAUUAGGAAAAAAAUCCCUCUCUUUUGUACUUGUCUUUGUAAAAUUGCACUCUUUUGUAAACUUAUCCGCUGGUUAAACGAAUUAAACAAUGUUGGUGCAUAUUCA